AAACAUAUUGCAGUAAAGACGUGUGAUUGCCUUGCAUCGUAUUGUGUUAGAUGUUUUCUGUGGUUCGGUUGGUGUUUACUUAACAUUUGUCUAUGCAGGAGGGACUAGAAGCUCUUUAAACUGCUCACUAUGUGCCAUUCCAAUUUCCCCGUACAAAACAACACACCAAUGGCUGAAAGUAAAAACAAUACAACAAUGGCGGAAGGCAAGAACUCCCUCAGAAAAAAACUAUGGGAACCGUUAGUCGCAUUAUUCCGAAAGCACAAGAAAGGCAAGAAGAAACAAUCAAAAAACAGAAAGCAAGAGUCAGACGAAAUUCAAAAUAUAAAUGAGAUAACACAAAAUGAGAUGCACGAGGAAACGCCAUUCAACAAUCUCCUCAAGAAAUUGGAGAAACUCGAAAUCGAGAAGAAAGCACGGCUGAAUAACGAAGCAUCGGGUCUCAACGACCAAGACGGCGACUGCGAUUUGCAAAAUGAGAUUGAAAGAGAGAAAGGAGUGUUAGAAGAGUUUAUUGAAACAGACAAAAAGUCACGAAUAGAAUACACGCCGAGUCCCAACGAUUGUCAUGAAGAACUUUUAGAGAAUUUCAACCAACUUGUAGUCGAGAAGAAGGAAGAUGAAGAAUUGAAGAAGUUUUCAACUAAAAUUGUGUGUGAAGACAGGGUUUUGAGGAUCGAUUCUCAGUCGUCCGAAGAUUGUGGAUUCGUUGUUAACUCAGCCCAAGAUUCUGAUGGAAAUGAAGAUGGGGAUAAAGAAGAGGAAUAUGAAAAAGAAGAUGGUGAUGUUAAGACUAUGAAGAAGAAAGUCCACAGGGCUUACCUCAGAAGGGGUCCUCUAAGGAACGACAAAUCUAAAUCCACCACCGCUUCUAUUCAUCCAUAUAAGAUUUCGGACCCACAGAUGCACUAUGGCAGGCAAGUGAUCGUGAAAACAGACUUCGCCAAAACUGACCUGCCUGUGUUAACUUACGAGGAUGUAAAAAAUCUAAGUGGUGAUGAAGAGUACCGACUCAGCCAAACAAAUCAACCCAGCCUAACGUAUCAAUCCACCCAAACACAUCAAAUGGAAUCCCCCCACGAAACCAUAGACAACUCACCAGGGGGCCCCAAUUUGUCGUUGGACGUCGUUCUCAAACAGCAUAUUGCGGAAUCCUUUGGAUAUUCACUAAAUCACCCACGCGAAGCAUCACCAAUUUCCCAACAAUUUGGAGAAAAUUCAAUAAAAAUUUUAGCGCCCAAUGAGGAAAUCACCUUAACUGAGAACUCAGUGCUGUCUUCACAAUCGCCCCAGCAAUUUGGGGAGAGUACCCCACCCGGAAUGUAUCAAUUCACCCAAACACAUCAACUCUCCCAAACGCAUCAAGUCGCCCAAACAAAUCAACUUACACAAACACAUCAACCCAGUGAACCCGCAAAUCUCCCAGAUCAGUACAUGUGUAACUUGGAGUUACACACACCUACACAACCCAACUCUGUCACUGUCAACUGUAUGUAUUUUCCCGAAAAUCUCCUAGAUCUGGACAUGAAUAAAGAAUUUAAUGACGUAAGCGAAAACGUUGGCUUGGAGUUGGAGCGUUACACACCAACACCACCCAGCUCUGUCAACAGCAGUUUUAUGUAUUCCCCCCAAAAUUCAAGCAUGGAACGGGGGGGUUCCAUGCUUGAAUUUUUGGGGAACGAAACCAUAGACAACUCACCAGGGGGCCCCAAUUUGUCUUCGAUCGACCAAAUUGGUCUCGAAUCGUAUAUGGAAAUCUUUAAAAAUUCACCAAUUCACCGACGCGAAGUAUUUGAAGACUUAAGCGGAAACUUUAACUUGGAGUUGGAAAAAUUAAAAUCUGCUACCGCUUCUAUUCAUCCAUAUGAGAUUUCGGACCCACAGAUGCACUAUGGCAGGCAAGUGAUCGUGAAAACAGACUUCGCCAAAAUUGACCCGCCUGUGUUAACUCACGAGGAUGUAAGUUACAAACUACCUACACAACCCAACUCUGUCACUGUCAACUGUAUGUAUUCUCCCCAAAAUUUAAGCAUGGAAUCCCCCCACGAAACCAUAGACAAUUCACCAGGGGAGCCCAAUUGUACACCUGGAACAGUGUACAAAAAUUUGAAAAAUUACAAAGACCGCCAAAAGGAGUUGGCGAAACUAUUCGCCAAAAUGGAGUGUUGCCAGUUAAUUUUGAAACCCUUUAAGGAGAUCUUUCGGGAGAAGCUGCAUAAGCUGUCGAAGGAGAAAAGGAAUUGGCUGUGCUUGAGUGUUGCCAGCUUGGAGCUGAAAUUUGCCUACAGCGUCCUUAUUCAUACACUACGGGACCUGUCCAAGAGUGACAAGGAGGAAGAGCUCAAGGAGGCGCUCUUCUGUCUGGUGUGCAACAAGGUGCUGUCAGAACAGAAGACACUCUUCGUCGAGGAGUUUGGUCUGAGCCUGCUGCGGUUCGCGGUGCUACAGUGCUACCAGCGGCCGGUGAUCACUCGCUAUCUGGUGGAAUGCGUGCGCCUGGUCACCAGGAGCGACGAGUACAAACGUACGGGCGACAUUGUCUUCACUGAGGUCGACUCCCUGGGCGACAACCUGCUGAUAGCGUGCGUGCGCGCCGGGGACAGAUGCGCCAACGUGCUCCGAGAGUUAGUGCGCGCGGAGGAGCACGACGUGCCUCUGUUUGACGUGCACCAUGUGAACACUGACGGUUACACAGCUCUCCACGAGUGCUGCGCUAAGCACAGCGCGAGUGCACCGCGCGUGCACUCCCUGCAUGUGCUGCUACAGCACGCCGCCGCCGACCGCUGCAAACAGGACCGCAAGGGGGGAGAGACUCCCCUCCACCUGGCGGUGAACUCCGCCAACUGCGAGCUGGACAUGAUCCUCAUCUACUUCCACAACGUCGACCGGAGCGAGUGGUUCCAACUGGCGCACGUCGAGAACAGCAGUCAAAAGAAUCCAUUACAGGACGCGAAGUCCGCCAAAAAGUCGAGACCGAACUAUCCGCGGGAGAUAUUGGACUUCCUGCAGAGAUGCCGGAAAUAACAACGAGAUAUCAAUUAUAAGAAUUAUUGUUAACAAUAUAAAUAUGUUUAAAAUAUGAACACGAUAAAGUUUUGUUCACAUCCCUGAACAAAACUCGAACUGAAUUAUAAACUCGGUUUUUAUUUACCUCGCCUCACGGCUCGUGCCCUAAAACUACCUCGUUUAAAAUGGGUUUUUUUAGCCCCUUGCACUAUUGUUAUUGUAUACUAUUAUUAUUAUUGUUAUUGUAUAGGUAGGUAAAAAUGAAACAAAUUAACUAAAUAUUACUAACAUAGAAUUAAGAAAAUAUACAGGAAGAAAAUUUUUUUAGUGCGGAUAUUUUUAUAUUUUGUACAUAAACAAAAUUUAAUGAUCACGUAUUUUUUCUUUUUUUUUUUAACUCAAAAAUAACAAAAUUAUCGUUAGCUAAAGUUAUUUACUUUUGAACAGAAUUUUAGGGUCACCCUAUUGUGCGUUUAUUUUAUUUUCGUUUGAUACCUAAAGAACGUCACCAGAUCACUUUUAAGCUGAAUAUAUCUUGUUUAGUAAUAAUAUGUACAUUAUUUUGUUAUUUUAGAGACAUAAAUUAAAAAAAAAAAUUACAUAAAAUGUAUCGAACUGUUUGUAGAUUUAUAUUCUAUUAAAGAUACAGAACCACGAAAAAAAAUAUCCGCAGUAAAGACCGAAUCACCCUGUAUAAUAUUUUGUAAUUAGGGUAAGGUUUAUAGGAAAUAAAAGGCUUUAUUAUUAUUAUUAUUAUAGGUAGGUUUCAAAAGCAUGUUUUUAAAUUUUAUAUAAAUUGAGCCUCGCCUAACGGCUCGUGUAGUAAAAAUACCUCGUUUAAAAUGGUUUUUUUAGCCCCUUGUGCUAUUGUUAUUGUAUAGGUAGGUUUCAAAAGCAUGUUUUUAAAUUUUAUAUAAAUUGAGCUUCGCCUAACGGCUCGUGUAGUAAAAAUACCUCGUUUAAAAUGGUUUUUUUAGCCCCUUGUGCUAUUGUUAUUGUAUACUACUAUUAUUAUUGUUAUUGUAUAGGUAGGUAAAAAUGAAACAAAUUAACUAAAUAUUACUAACAUAGAAUUAAGAAAAUAUAUAAUAUUUUGUAAUUAGGUUAAGGUUUAUAGGAAAUAAAAGGCUUUAUUAUUAUUAUUAUUAUUAUAGGUUUGUUUCAAAAGCAUGUUUUUAAAUUUUAUAUAAAUUGAGCCUCGCCUAACGGCUCGUGUAGUAAAAAUACUUAGUUUAAAAUGGUUUUUUUAGCCCCCUGUACUAUUGUUAUUGUAUAGGUAGGUUUCAAAAGCAUGUUUUUAAAUUUUAUAUAAAUUGAGCCUCGCCUAACGGCUCGUGUAGUAAAACUACCUCGUUUAAAAUGGUUUUUUUAGCCCCUUGUGCUAUUGUUAUUGUAUACUACUAUUAUUAUUGUUAUUGUAUAGGUAGGUUUGAAAAGUAUGCUUUUAAAUUUUAUAUGUAUAAAUUGAACGUUGAAACUUGAAUCACAUCACAUUGUUACUAAUGUAUGUAUGAAAAUGUUGUGGUUAAUGUAAAUAUGUAAAUAUAUUUUAAUAUAAGGAUUUUGAAAUUAAGAUCAAA